AAUAAUGUUUGAAACUAUAAUUAUUUUUGAGACUUAAAGCUUUAAUUAUUAUAUAUAUUUAAAUAUUAAAUAAUAAUAUUUUCUAUACGCUUUAAAUUUAUAUAGGGUGAUACAGCCUGGUGUUGAGCGCUAACAUAAUAUGCAGCGUAAUGCAUAUUUUGCUAAUCAUUUAGAAAAGUAUUUAAUCAUCGCGUAGCUCAGUACAAAUACGUCCAUUCUGUUGUACACAGCUAUUAAAAAAUACGUGAAUUAUAACAAUGCCGGUGUUCACGGGAAAUCGUUAUUUUAUUAGGCGUAUGCAAAAUUUACCUCGACCUGUGACACGUAAGGUAGCUGACAUUUUGUAUCGUUUGACCUGUUCCAACGAGUACCACCUCUUAGAGAUGCUGGACAUGGUGGACGAGAUAACAGUUAUCACAGAGGCCCGCUUACCGAUAGCUUUAGAAAAUCUGGUAAACACAAUCGAGAGAAUUCACGAUGUUCGCAUUGCCCGCUACAUAAAGGCCAGAAUAUCGUACGAGACCUACAAUGCACCAUAUCUAUACACAGGCGAUGUGGAUUCUGUAAUAGAAUUGUCUGCUGAAUUGUACGAUUUAUAAAGCAAAAUAAAAGUUGACUAUUAAAAUCUACAUUAAC